GGUACGCACUGUUCUCGUCGAUUGGCUGUACCCGGGCUCGAACGUCGUGACGCGCGAAAAGCACACGGGGCCGCAUGAGUUCGGCGCACUGACAUUUCACGUCACGGUGACACUGCGAUCCGAGAUUUUUUCUUUGCAAUCGUCGCGUUGCGAAAGUAGUGUUGUGUGCUCGGUGAAAUGACUUGUGAAUCACAAUAAAUCAGCCGGUAGAUCGGACGGGGGGUGACAGUGCGGGUAAAAGACAGAAAGGAAGUAGAGAAAGGACAUCGGGCGAAUACUGCGGCACGACAACGGGACUUGCGACGUGCGCUACUGUCAUUAAACGUUGACGAGGCAGAAAUGGCACAGCGGGAGUCUCGGUGAGGAAAGGGCGAGGGUGAAGCCCUCGCAGGAAAAGGGAGCUAUGGUGAAAAGCUUGGGUUUCCUCGCCAGAAGGGCGCCACCUGCCGUCCACCACCUUUUCAUCGUUUUGCUCGCGCUCGCCCCCGCUUACCACGGCGUGGACCUCUCCCAAUGCAUCGCGCCGCUCGGCAUGGAGUCCGGGGCGAUCCCGGACGCGGAUAUCAACGCCAGUUCCACCUUCGACGCCGGAAACGUCGGUCCCCACCUGGCACGAUUGAAAUCGGAAAAUCUCGGCGGCGCUUGGUGUCCUAAGAACCAAAUCACUAAGGAAGCUCGAGAGUGGCUGGAGAUCGACCUUCAUACGGUCCACUUGAUCACGGCCACCGCUACCCAAGGCCGGUUCGGAAACGGCGUGGGUGUUGAAUUCGCAGAAGCGUAUAUGCUGGAGUACUGGAGGCCACGACUGGGCAAAUGGGUUCGAUAUAGAGACAUCAAAGGAGAGGAGGUAAUACAGGGUAACACGAACACGUAUUUGGAGUCCAAGCACGAGCUGGAGCCGCCUCUGUGGGCGAGCAAGAUCCGUUUUCUGCCCUACAGCUAUCACAGGCGGACGGUUUGCAUGCGGGUCGAGCUCUACGGGUGUUACUGGAGCGACGGCGUGGUGUCGUACUCAAUGCCUCAGGGCGAUAAAAGGGGUACAUGGGAAUUCUUCGACGCGACUUACGACGGACACUGGGAUGGCGAGCUGCGCCGCGGUCUGGGUCAGCUGACGGACGGUAGAACGGGGCCUGACAAUUUCAAAAUGUACUACGAGAACGAUCGCGCCCAGGGCUGGGUAGGUUGGAGGAACGAUAGCCGCGGACAGCCGGUCGAGAUUAAGUUCGAGUUCGACAAAGUCAGAGAGUUCUCCGCCGUCCACAUCUACUGCAACAACGAGUUCACCAAAAACGUCCAGGUGUUUUCCCAAGUUGACAUACUGUUCAGUAUCGGCGGGAAAUAUUACACAGGAGAACCCAUUACGUACACUUAUAUGGAAGACAAGAUCUUCGAAACUUCUCGGAACAUUACUAUCAAGCUUCAUCAUCGAGUUGGAAAAUUCGUUAAGCUCAGACUUCAUUUCUCGGAACGAUGGAUCAUGGUCAGCGAAGUAACUUUCGAUUCUGACAUAGCACACGGCAACUUCACGCCCGAGGAAGCACCGACAACCGAAUCGCCGAUCCAAAGCGAUGUUUUCGUCGAGAAGAACGGCGCGACCGAGGGCGAGCCUCCGGUCUCGACGGCGAAACACGACGAUCCUACAUACAUGGCGGUCGUGAUCGGCGUAUUGACUGCCGUGAUACUUUCGCUCGCUGUGGCGAUGUUUCUGAUAAUCUCACGAUACAGACAACGCAAAUGCUUCGCCAGCCCGAUGACCGGUAAAGCUCCUUCUCAUCUGGGAUCCACCUGCGCCACUGUUGAGAAAGGCGCGGCUUUGAUGGCGUACACUCUGGAGGAUGACGAGAGAUACGCGGGCAGUUCUCUGCCGACUUUGCCGCUUGACCUCGGGAAUCGUCUCAUGGACAUCGUGAAGUUGGACGACUACCAGGAGCCGUACCAGGCGUUAAAAUACGCGCCGUACUACAGCUACAGCACCGUCGUUAUGGAGAUGAAAGACAUGAUGGUGAACAACAAGGGCACCAACAUCAAUCACUCAGCGGUGUACGCGAACGGUGCAGUUGACACGUCCUACGAUUAUGCGGUACCGGAACUCGGCACGGUGCCCUUGCUCAAUCAGGACGCCGGCGCCGGCCGCGGGGCAGCCGUCUCCAACGCCACCAGCGAUCAGGACAGUCUUUUCUCCAAGAGCUCGCGAGCCACGAAGACCGAGGAUAAGAAGUCGCCGACUCAACAGGAGGUACUCUCGGCCCUGAAGAGACGUCUGGAGCAAACCAGCGUGCCGCUCUUCCCACGGCAUCGCCUUCGCAUGCUCUCCAAGCUCGCCGAAGGGGCCUUCGGAACGGUAUACGUCGCGGAAGCUGAAGGGAUUCCGGAGUACGGAACGACAACUACCCUCGGCAAACGACUCGUCGCCGUCAAGUUUUUACUGCCGGAAGCCAGCGAGAAGGAAAAGUUGGACUUCCAAAGAGACGUGAGAAUUCUAGCCGCUCUGGAGGAUCGCAAUAUUGCUCGGGUCUUAGGUGCCUGUCAUCGCGAGGAACCAUACUGCGUGGUGAUGGAAUACCUGGAACACGGGGAUCUCUGUCAGUUUCUCAAGACGCAUAUCACUGCCGAGGACGCACAUUCCAUGCCGAUUGGCGUCAAGACGCUUAGUUUCAACUGUCUCAUCUACAUGGCGGCGCAGAUCGCGUCGGGCAUGCGGUAUCUGGAGAACCUGAACUUCGUUCAUCGGGAUCUGGCUACUAGGAACUGUUUGGUCGGUAAGGCUUAUCACAUCAAAAUCUCUGAUUUCGGUACGGACAACGAGCUAUACGCGAGCGAUUACUACAAAGUCGACGGAACUAUGCCAUUGCCGGUACGAUGGAUGGCCUGGGAGUCGGUAUUUUUGGGAAAAUAUACGACCAAGAGCGACGUGUGGGCUUUCGCGGUCACCCUCUGGGAGAUCCUGAACCUCGGCAGGCGUGUCCCUUACGAGCACCUAUCCAACGAGGAGGUGGUGCAAAGUCUGCGACAGCUGCAUCACGCCGCCGACUGCAACAACGCAGUCAAUUCUGAGGAGAAUUGCAAAGAAAAUACUCGUGGUUUCGACCAUCUUCCGCGACCUACCGCCUCCUCCAAGGACAUCUACGAUUUGAUGCUCGAGUGUUGGCGACGAGAGGAGAACGAGAGACCGACCUUCCGUGAGAUAUCGCUCUUUCUGCAACGGAAAAAUCUUGGAUAUGCUCCAACAUCCUGAUAUUGAGCCUCGAACUUCGGCGAGCACGAUGUUCUUAAUAUUCAUCCCGCGAUUCGGAACAAGUUCGGUUCUGAAAGGGAUCGACGAAUGUGCAAUGACGGGCAACGUCCUCAUUCGAGGAGCUGCAAGACAUGGACGAACAAUAGUCGAGUUAGAGAGAAGAACGGCUAGUGAGAAAAAGAAAAAUUAUAUGAUAGGAAAAAGAAGAGGACAAAAAUUUAUAUCGCGACAUCGAAAUGAUAAGUACAACGAUGGAAUUUUAUUGCCUGUCAAACGAAAAAACAAAAGCUGGGAUGUACGAACUUCAGGACAGGAAUCUAUCGAUCGUUCUUCAUUUUCGUCUCGAUGUAUCUAUCUUGCGGACAACGAGUAAUAACGGACUGGAAGUAAAGUUUUAGAGUAGGAAGAUAGAAGAAAAUAAUAAGUGUGUGGUGUGCGUGUGUGUGUGUGCGAGUCGUGUUUGUCUUCAAAAAAAAAAAAAAAACCUACGACACGCCGGAAUUUCUCGUCACACCUCGGACAGCUCGGACUAUCUCGCGUCUCUGAUCGUCUUCGUGAGAUUUUUAAUAGCAAAAUUAUGCUCGUGCAUAUUUUAUCGAUAUUUGAUUGAGAGAUUGCGACAGAGUCGCAACACACAGAGACCACUCGCGCGAGCUUCGUGAGACGGUCUUACAUAGUCCGUGACGCAACUUCUUCUCGUAUUAAAGAAACGUACAGACAGCCCGCGAAUCUAUGAAUUGACACGACAAUCGAACGAGAGAGAGAGAGCACAAUAAACUAACUAUGCCCGUUGCGAUAGAUAGUCGCUCUUCUGAGAAUCUCGUAUGCAAUCCGGAACAAAGAGACGGACAUAUUCGUGGGACCUCGCGAAACUGAAGAAAAAGGAUUCUCUCGCAAUCAUCGAGAAUCGUUUAGGAGCAAUAUCAUGUAAUGAUCGUAAAACACAGCUGUGAACAUUCCUACGAACAAAAAUGGGUACCUAUAUGCGGCGCGAUAAUUGCGCGAGUAAGAAGAGGAAUAUUGUUACUUAAGGAGAAUAUAAUUAUAGGGAUUUCCCCUCUUCGGGAUUAUAUCAUUUCGAUACGAGGGUUUUAAUGAAAAGUAUGAUGAUGACUCACAUCGACGUACGUAAUAUAAUAUAGCGGCUACGAUGUUAGAUGCUACGACAACGUUCGAGUUUUAAUCGUAAAACGUAAUUGAAUGUAUUCGUGAAAACGUGUGGACACUUAUUCUCUCCCUUUUUCUCUUUGUCACCUUCCUUUCGCUCUCUGUCCGAACGUAUAUUAAAUGUAUCGUCCGGAUAUUCCGGAUUUAUUUGAGAGGCGAAUUUAUACAUGUGAUUUUCACAUCGCGGAAUUCUUUAUUGUCGUAAGACCAGUGCUCGCCAAGCUUUGAAUAAAACGAAGACUUUGCGCGGCAGUCGUAAAAGACACAUACCUCUCGCGAAGCGACAAAUAAAUCGUCGUUUUUACUAUUAAAUAUUAUCUGGCCAUGAAAAAGAAAUCUUACUCGUCUUUUUAACGCUAAAUCUUUGUUUAUAAUCCGAACAUAAAUCCGUAUGAGAUAUAUUAUAUCGUGAAUAUAUUAACGUAAGAAUAUUAUAUAGCUUCUUUAAAGACGAAUGGCUGUAAAGAUUUCUCGAUAGCAAACGCUUUAUUUGAAUGGUAUAUCACUAUUGCAAUCACAGGUAUAAUAGUUUAUAUAUUCGAUAUCCACACAAACAAGAGAUAUAUCUCAAUAUCUGGACGAAGUUGCGUCAAUUUCGCAAUGACGUUUCUGAAGAUUUUGUGCGGCACGAUUGGAUAGAUUAUUCAAAAAAUAAUCAUUUUUAAGUAAUAAGUUUUCGAAUACUAGGAAUAGAUGUUUGAAACAUGUUUCAAACGCUAUUCGGAGUUUAAUUUUGCGGUUAGAAAAUUGUUUUUUUUUCUUCUUCUUCUUCUUAAAUUGACGCAACUUCACGUGUUGAGCUAUUCUUGAUGUCAAGUAUACAUGGAAAAUGGAAUUCGUUGAUGUCAUAACUAGACGAAUAUCGUAAUAAGUCGUAAGUGCAAGUAGACGAAGGAUAACGUUUUAAUCUAUUCCGUAUUGAAAGAGGGUAAUAGACUACGUAUCAUGACACAUCAUAAUUGUAACUUUAUAUGAUAGGCGGGAUCAAUGAAAAUUAGAAUAUUGUACAUAUAUAUACGCGUACCGUAGUAAGGAAUGUUAUAUUAUUGCAUUUUUGUCGAAAAAUGUGUUUGGAUAAAUCAGGUAGACAAGAAAAACUAAAAUUUAUCUCCGAGAGAGUAUUGCGCAAUCACUUGUAAUUUUGGUAUUAUCGUAAAUAUAUAGAACGUUCAGAGGUAAUAAGUUAUUAUAUUAACGAAAGUUCGACAUAUCGAAAUAUUCUUUUUUUAGAAAUAAAAAAAAGAUACGCGAUAGAACGGAGAAUAUUUCUGAAUUAUUUUUGGAAGUUGUGUAAAUGAAAAACUCGUUAUUUAUAUAUUCAGUCCGCGCAUUCGAUUCCGAAAAGUUCUCAUUACACAAUUAAGUUUCGUGUAUCUAUUUAUAUACAUCAGAUGUGGAUAUUCUAUAAUUUAUGCGAUAUUUAGCGAAUAGGGAAAGAGGGGGGCGAUGUUACCGUUAUAUGAUAUUAAAAUACUAUUUAUAUAAAUUAAUGUAAUAUUAUCGCGUAAGGAGUAGAUGAUACGGAGGCAUAGCCAUACGUAGUUAAAAAACAAAAAAAAAAAAAAAAAAACACGCGUUGAAUUUAAACGUAACUGGAAUUGCUUCUAUAUCAGAUUUGGGAUCGAAAUGUAUCUGAGACGAGUAUGAAAGAAAAUCGCGUUCAAUACGAGAUAGAAUAUUAUCGCGCAUGGGUUUUACGAGAUAAAUAAUAUAAAUAUAGGGGAAAUCCUCAAAUCUUGCCGGAGGUAAAAAUAGUAAUUAGCCGAUUGACUGUGCGUUAUAAGUGUAAUAAUUAAGUGCGUAAUUUACAUUUUGCAUAAGAGUAUCAGACAUAUAAUUUUUCGUGCCAUCGCGAAAUUUUGGCCGAUCAAUUUUUCGCACCGGUUGUGACUGAGUUAAAAACAAUAAUACCUAUUAUCGGUAAAUUUUUAGUCCGACGCAGACUGCCAUCACUUUUAGACGAUAAUAGAGAAUGAAUUGUAGUUGCGUUUAGAUUCGCCAAUACAAGCAUAACGCUGCCUUUGGCUAAUAUUGUUGCCCCUUUACUGCUAACGAGUAACUUACUUGUCUACUCACAUGUGAUAAUUUAGUAUAUUUCUACGUACCUACCUGUACCUACUAAUUCGAAAAUCUUUAUAGCGAAAGGAUUACUCCAAUAUGUUUUUUUUUUUUUUUAUUUUGUUUCUGUUAUAAAUUACAGCAAUAACUUCAAUAAAAAAAAAAAACCAGUAUCGAAUAAAACAAAGUGCAAUCUAGUGUAUCUUCAUUAAUAAAUUAUCAAUCUGAAGUAUAACUGCCUCAUGAUUGAACGGAAAUUGAAUCAUUAACGGAAAAGAAAUAACAGUAUAAAGAAAAGUGCAAACUCCGUGUAAUCCUUUCUCUAUGGAAAGAUUUGCUCUAUAAAUCUAGAUAACUCACUUCUACCUAGUGUGCCCUUUUUCCAAUGACGGUAUUAAUUAUAUUUUUUUUUUGUGAACAAUUCGAGCUCUACGCGCAUCACCCGAGGUAACUGUUCAGAACCACAAUACGUCAGAGAUUUCGUUCGAACAUUGUGAAGCAUGAACACGUUAGAUCGGAAUCGUAAAACAAUUUAAUUUCUUAAAAGCGUAUCAUCUUUAAUUGCGCAACGAUACCUCUAAACCCAAAUCCUUUCUAUGAUACGUUACUAAAUGUUUUUUUUUUUUUUUUUUUAUACAUAUGUAACGCGUAUAAUUGACAAUCACGCGCUUGCCUCAAAAUUUAAAAAACGUAAUGAACAUUAAUAUAUCACGACUUUUUUGAAAAACACUAAUGCAAUAGAAUUCGCAUUUUUAUAAUAUACAUUGCUCCUAUUGUAAUUUGAAAAGCACGAUUAUUAAUUUGCAUAAAUUAAUUUUAAUUUUUGUAAAUUGAAAACAAACAUAAUUU